CCACACCACACUAUUCCUCCCACACAUGAUUGCUUUUGUUGGAAGCCCCACACCCAGAGACUGCAGAGCCAUGAGUGUAGAGUCCUCUUGGUGAGGACACACUUGCCCAUGCACACAUAUCACACAUGCUCAAAGGUGAGUAGCUGACACAAGAUGUGUCACACUUGGAUCCAGGGAUCCCACACAAAACUAGAUCAAGCAGUCUCUCCAGACCCCCUGAGGAAGCCCAAAGCAGGCUUGUCUUUUGCAUUUGUAUGUGGUUUGGGGAAUCAACAUCCAGACCUUCACAGAUGCCCGACAAACACUAACCCAGAGCUCCAACCCCAGAUGGUUAUGUAGUCUAGAGUCAGAACAGUUUUCCAUUAAGAUGGAAUCCUCAGAGUCACACAAGGAGAAUGUUUCCCACUGUGGCUGUUGUUUUCCUGUGAAUCUGGAGCCACCCUAUGAGAACUACCCUAGGACUUUUGACCAAGACAUGUAGAUGUUAGCUCUGUGCUAAGGAUAAACCCAACAAUCUGAAAACAAGGACCACACCACAGGCCCAGAGACCAAAGGGAGACUCAGGAAUAAGGGUCCAUUUUCCAGUUUGGGUCAGUAGGAGAACCCUAAGUCUUGCGAAUGAGCAUACCGGUGCCGAGGUCACACUGUUUACAUAGCACACAGUCCCACAUCACAAACAUGUCACACUGACACAUACAUAGUCAGACACAGCAUGCUGUAUGCGACUUCCCAUCCAUCAGAAGACUUACGUUAGUGUUGUUCACAGACAUUGGAAAUUCCUACUGUUCUCAAUCACACACGUGCACAGAACUUCAAGCACCCACCUUGAGUUCACACAACCACACUGGCCUGUGCAUACACGGUACCCACACAGAAUUCUCAAACCGAACUCCUUCACUGCUUCCCAAGCCAACAGGACCUGUGCACACCUCCCAGCCUCUUGCUCCACCCACAGCCCUGCCAUGGCUCAACUUGUCUUCUCCGGCAACACCUAUUUUCCAAUAACCCCAUUUUCAGGUGUGGGAAACUUUUCUUCAGGUUUCUAAAAGAGGAAGCCCCGUAGAUCCUUCUGUUGCUGCCCCAUCUGCCCUACAUACCAAAGUCAUCCCUCAUUUCCUAGUCUAUCUCCUACAGAUCCAGCGAGAGAGAAAGUCACCGUAGGUAACCUUCUGCCUGAGCCCUGGGGUGCUGGCAAUAACAGCUGUCCCCGGAGGAUGCGGAGGGAGGGAGGAAAGGUGUCAGCUCGGUGCAGAGCUGGGGGGCGCCCGGGGAGCAGAAUGACGCCCCGGAACAUCUUCGGAGUCUGGGGCGGCGGCUGAGCCCUAGGCUUGAAGCGCACGGAGCUGUCCGUUCAGCACCACCGCGCGGCUUGGGGCUCUGGGCCCACCGCAAGGCGCACGGGCUCGGUUCCCACCCCCGCUCCGCGGGCGCCUGCGGCGUGGGCUCCUGACUCUCUUGGCGGGUGAGGGGCGCGCGAAUCGGAAGAGGGGGGAUCCACGAGCGUCGGGGCCACGCAGCCACCUGUGAGCCUUUCGCGGCUGCAGGCGGCCGUGUGUGGGGCCCGAGACUGAAGGAGGCGCACGGCGGACCCCGCCUGCCCGGUGGCGGGGCACACACACAGGCGCACACAUCCACAUCCUCGCACCCGCGCGCACUCGCGCAGGCAGCCGGCGGUGGCCACCGCGAUGAUGCUCGCCAGCAGAUCGGGGAAGUUUCCCGCCGGCCUCGGCCGCGGGCGCCGGUGCACCCAGGUGUAGCGCCCCCGCGCGGAGCGGGCGCCUGGGCAUCUCCAGCAUGACCCGCCAGAGCCUGUGGGACUUGUCCGAGGCCGACGUCGAGGAUGGAGAGAUCCGCAUCAAUGUGGGCGGCUUCAAGAGACGGCUGCGUUCCCACACGCUGCUGCGCUUCCCUGAGACGCGCCUGGGCCGUCUGCUUCUCUGCCACUCGCGAGAGGCAAUUCUGGAACUCUGCGAUGACUACGACGACGUCCAACGUGAGUUCUACUUCGACCGUAACCCUGAGCUCUUCCCCUACGUCUUGCAUUUCUACCACACGGGCAAGCUUCACGUCAUGGCUGAAUUGUGCGUCUUCUCCUUCAGCCAGGAGAUCGAGUACUGGGGUAUCAACGAGUUCUUUAUCGACUCUUGCUGCAGCUAUAGCUAUCACGGCCGCAAAGUGGAACCUGAGCAGGAGAAGUGGGACGAACAGAGUGACCAGGAGAGCACCACGUCCUCCUUUGACGAGAUUUUGGCUUUCUAUAAUGACGCUUCCAAGUUUGAUGGGCAACCCCUGGGCAACUUCCGCAGGCAGCUGUGGCUGGCAUUGGACAACCCGGGCUACUCAGUCCUCAGCAGGGUCUUCAGCGUCCUCUCCAUCUUGGUGGUGUUGGGAUCAAUCAUCACCAUGUGCCUCAAUAGCCUGCCCGACUUCCAAAUCCCCGAUGGCCAGGGCAACCCUGGCGAGGACCCCAGGUUCGAAAUCGUGGAGCACUUUGGCAUCGCCUGGUUUACAUUUGAGUUGGUGGCCAGGUUUGCUGUGGCCCCUGACUUUCUCAAGUUCUUCAAGAAUGCUCUAAACCUUAUUGAUCUCAUGUCUAUUGUUCCCUUCUACAUUACUCUAGUGGUGAACCUGGUGGUGGAGAGUUCCCCUACCUUGGCUAACUUGGGCAGGGUGGCUCAGGUCCUGAGGCUGAUGAGGAUCUUCCGAAUUCUCAAGCUGGCCAGACACUCCACUGGCCUCCGCUCCUUGGGAGCCACCCUGAAAUACAGCUACAAGGAAGUGGGGCUGCUCUUGCUCUACCUCUCAGUGGGGAUUUCCAUCUUCUCUGUGGUGGCCUACACCAUUGAAAAAGAGGAGAACGAGGGCCUGGCUACCAUCCCCGCUUGCUGGUGGUGGGCUACCGUCAGUAUGACCACUGUCGGGUAUGGAGAUGUGGUCCCCGGGACGACAGCCGGGAAGCUGACUGCCUCUGCCUGCAUCUUGGCAGGCAUCCUGGUGGUGGUCUUACCCAUCACCUUGAUCUUCAAUAAGUUCUCCCACUUUUAUCGGCGCCAGAAGCAACUCGAGAGCGCCAUGCGUAGCUGUGACUUUGGAGAUGGAAUGAAGGAGGUCCCGUCGGUCAACUUAAGGGACUACUAUGCCCAUAAAGUUAAAUCCCUCAUGGCCAGCCUGACAAACAUGAGCAGGAGCUCGCCCAGUGAACUGAGUUUAGAUGAUUCUCUACACUAGUUGGGAUGGUUUGUGAUUGCGCGACGUACCUUGCUGAUCUGCCUCCUGUGCCUUUGGCACAAUCCAGGCACCGUAGGGUUAUGACAUAAAGAGUCAUCCCGACCCUAGAGGGAGAGCUGCAUGGGAAAUGAGCCCUAGGUUGCUUUUGCAAUGUUUAGAGUCAUUUUUUUUAGAGGAUGGUGUGUCGAACACCACGCCUUUGCAUCUUUCAGUGAAGUGACACUCACUGGUCUUUGCAUUAUGGGCAUAAAAUGUUCAUCUUUCUGCCAGAUGAGUACAUAGAAUGCUGAUCUCUCUGUCCAAUAUGUACACUAUUCUAGUGUGGAUGCCCCAGUAUUACCUGUGAGUAGAGUUGUCUGUGCUCCCAUUUCUGCGGUUGUUUGUGUGAACUCUAUACAAAAAGCCCCAACAAGUCUGUCCAGUGGAGGCACAUCUGUCUAUGGGGUCAGCAAGGAUAUCAUGAGAUUCGGAUCACAACUUUGUGAAAACAGAAUCUCAAUUAUUUGCCCACUACUUUCCCUUAAUUUUCAUACCAAAAUAGAAAGAUCGCAAAGCUAAGCACACUUAACUAAUGCAAGUCUUCUUUUUCCUCGAUUCUGUCCUUGUGAUGUGCAUGGAUAUGCCAGUCAGUAUUUAGGAAGAUGUGUAUUGAUGUGUCUCUCCUAAGUGUCAGUAUAAGAGAAUGUUAUUCAGUCCAUAUGUAGUAAAGACUGAAUUUUUUCCCUAAACAAAUAGAUUAGGAACAGGGACUUUAGCUAAACAUGGACCAAACCCUAGAAUGCUAUAAACAGAGUUUAUAUAGGCUAAGCCUUUUCAUUGAUGGUCAGGCCUCUAUUUUUCCUGAAGGAAUCAUAGAGACAUUUAUUUCUGGCUGAGAUUAUUAAUCCAGGCCAUUUUGACCAAAGUUUUCUGUGUCAGCAUGUUUUUCAAGUAUUUCUUCUUAAAGAUGUUUAGGAAUAAGGUUGUGUGUCUUUCUCAACUAGAAGAGGUUAGUGUUGCCUUGUUGUGAGGUGAGCAUCCUUAGGUUGCUACCAAGGGCAGUAGCUUAAACAUUUUCUUGCCUGCUCUGAAAGCUCAUAAUAGGACAGCCCUUUUAAUUCCAAGCAGAAUUCUCUUUAGGUAGCUCUGCUUCUAGGAUACAGGAUAGCACGUAGACGUUUUGAUUGCCUUGAGCUCCUGCCGUGAUGUGGAAACCUGGUAGUGAAGAAGAGUAAUACAGAUGUGUGUGAGGACAGAGUGGCUGACCCACGGUGGGGGCCCUGGAGUUCUUAUUUUCAUUGCAAUUGCAGGGUUUUCUUGUGGAGAGGCCAGAAGAAAAGAAAGAGUUAUAAAACCAAAAAACUACUACUUCAUAAAAUAUAAAUAACUGUGAAUUUCUUGAAAAGCCUAAACCUUUCGACCACUAAGCUUUGUUGAAGGGUUAGCACCAUUUCCUUUCCCAAUGCAUUCCUCUUCUGCACACAGUCAGCACAGAUGUUAUGAAGGGGAAGCUGGGCCCCUUUUAAGAUAAUUCUUUCUCAUCAUCCUCUACAUAAUCCAAUAGUUUUCCAGUGGCUUUCGUUGUUAAGUCUUUGGCAAGGCUGUGAGAAUCUACGAUCUAAAUAAGGAGAUAAAUGGACUUUUUUAUCCAAAGUUUGGACCUACUCUCAAUUGGUCCAUUUUGUGUUUUAGUCGGGUAAGGAUAAUCCAUACCUUAUGGGGUAUGUAGUGGAUCUCCUCAGAGGGCUUUGUGUACUAAGUGUUGUCAUGGCUACAAUAGUGUGGGCGAUUUGUUGGGUGAAUGCACUGGCCACUUAAUGUCCUUGAGCCUCCGGUUCAAAUCUUUCAUCAGACUGGAGUCUCACGAAGGGCAGAGGGUGGCAACCUCCUAGUGCCUCCAUGCAGACACACCAACGUGUGUGGUUCCAAAGGUGACUUAAAGGUCCCUGUCGGGGAGUCAGAAGACAGGGUUGUUUGCACAUGGAACUCUUGUCGGCUAGUAUCUUCAGUCCUGGAAGACAGAUCAUUUGCAAAACUGUCCCCAGAUGCACUGAAGGCAGGUGAUAGCGUAAACCUGUGAGAACCAUUCCGUCUGCUGAGGCUGAUGGUACAAGGCCACAGCAUGAUAUCCAUGGUCACUGACCAUGAAGCUGAUGCAAAGGAGAAAUGAGGCAAGAGGCAGAAUAACUUAGCCACUCCCGUAAAGAUUUUUUUCUAAAUGAAUGGGUUUACCACCGAAAAAGAGAUACCUCUAGUGGGUACCUACAAGGGUACAAAAGCUGGAAAACUUGACUUUUCUUUUUGGUAAUGACUUGUUUUAUCUGGUGCCUUUCUUUGGGGAAAUCCCAAAGUGCUUUAGAGACUGUCUUUUUAACAUUUCUUGUAUAUAUAUACAUGUAUGUAUACUUGUAAAAAAUAUUUCUUUGCCCACCGAGACUUUUAGUCACCUCUGAGCUGAAAAGUCCCAUUGGCAUUGAGUUCUCCAAGCAGUGGUUCCGGAGACCUCGAGGGAGGACACCCCAGCUGACGGGGACACUGCAGUGAGCGCCCCUAGAAAGUGAAUAGUGAUGCCAGGGACUCCAGGAACCCUUUCCUCACCACCACACCACACCAAGGUAUGACGUUCACAGGUGCUGGCUCAGAAGCAAAGCCUCUGAUUGGCCAUGUUAGAUAACGCCCCCACCGCAGCAGUUUCUCUUGAUAACCAGGGCAGGGCAGAUUAAUUUUCUGCUCUGUUCCUGGGAAUAACGGCCACAAAGAUGAAGUGUCCCCAUAAGACUGUCAAAGUGACCAGUGAUCAAUCCAUCCUUGGCGGGACACACACACACACACACACACACACACACACACACACUCUCUCUCUCUCUCUCUCUCUCACUCAUGUUCGCGCACACACAUGUUCACGUGUGUCCAGCUAGUGACUGAAGGGCAGCUUUACUCCUGGCAUUUGAUCUGCUCAAUGUCACUGGGACAGAUACAGGGGCCGAGCUUUCCUCGCAGCAUCUGAGAUGGGAAUGGCACGUGCUCCUUGUACACAUGGUCUAGUCUUGGACUGUGUUCCCAUCAGACGUCCUCAUUUCCCAGGUUUGCUGCCGAGGAGGGGCGUGUCGAACGCCGAGCUUAUGCCUGGCUCAUCAGGUAGUAAUUGGUGUUUAAUAUCCGAAUGUGUUAUUUCUACUUAUCAUAGCACUCGAAUCACUGAACUGCCUGUUAAUUAUUGCUUCAUUUCAAUGGAAAUGACUUGCUCUGCACUUUGGGAUGGCGGUGAUCUGUACAGGCUGUGUGGUCUCUACCUGAAGAUUUAACCGGUAUUCCUUUUAUGUGAACAGCAUGACUUGUUCCACGAUUGUAAUUUUAAACAUCGAGAACGCUGUAUUUGCAAUGUCAGUUUUAACACUCAUUAACACAC